AUGGAGCCCGCACACCGGGCCGCGCUGCGGCGCCUCCGCCUGGAACUGUCCGGGCAGCUGCUGGUCAGCGACUCCAUCGUUCCGCUGCUGUACCAGGAGGAGGUGCUGUCCGAGGCGCAUGUGCAGGACAUCGAGCGGCAGCCGACGGAGCGGCUGAAGAGCCUGCGGCUGCUGGACCUGCUGCCGCACCGGGGGCCGCGGGCCUUCCCCGUCUUCCUGCGGGCCCUGCGGGACUUCAGCUGGCUGCGGGACCGGCUGCUGCAGGAGCUGCAGGAGCUGCAGGCCUGGUCUUGUUGGUUAACGUUGUCGUCUCUUCCAGACGUCUGCCGGCUCCCGGACUCUGUUCUCCGGAGGGUUCCCUCGGACCGGGAACUGUCCCGGCUGGCGUCGCAGCUCGGCGCCGAGUGGGAGGCGGUUCUGAUGGACCUGGGCCUGUCGGCGGAGACGGUGUUCCGUUGCCGUGCCGACCACGGCCUCAGCACGCAGGCGGCGGCGCUGGCCGGCCUGGUGCGCUGGAGGCGGGCCGGGGGCAGGGACGCCACCCUGGGGACGCUGCUGAGGAGCCUGGAGGCCGCCGACGUCCACCCGUCCAUCCUGGAGGACGCCCUGGGGUGAACUCUGACCUGGAGGACGACCUGGCGCUAGGGCUGAACGAUUAAUUGCAUUUGCGAUAAUAUCGCGAUUAGGAAUGGGCGAUAUUUUACCGUUCACGAUGUACC